GUUGGUGAUGUGAGUACAUGCUUUCACACAGUAAAGCUUCGAGUAAGUGUCGAUAAGAAGUCAUACUCCACAGAUGAGAACUCUGCAAAUAAUAGUAAGGAAGAAAAAGAUAAAGAGCUGCCUGAGAAUCCAGGUGUAAAGAACUUUGUGCAGUCUUCGGAAACUAAUGAGGUCUUGGUUCGAAGUUAUGCUAAAGUUUCAUUACCUCGCACCUGUUCCUAUGAAUCAUCAUCAUCAGGGAGAAGCUGUCACGCAAAGCAAAAUGGAAAUUGUGAUUCACCUUUUGUUAUUCACCAUAAAAAUGAGCCUGCUGCAGCCCAUGUAAAAUAUGAAAACCAACUGGAUGACAUCACCAUGAAUGUAGAUAAUUGGGUCCCCAGCAUUACUGAAGACAUAACUUUUACCUCUGGAAUUUGCAACAACAUUAGUUCACAAGAUGAUGCUCAGUUGGUGCCUCAGAUGCCAACACAAAAUUCUAAUGUGAGGACGCUCUCACUCCCAAGCCCAUUACAAACUACACCAGGUGUGUAUUUUUCUAAUUAAUUAUUUAUACAAGCACUUUAUUAUUAUGAAU